CCUCAACUCUCCGAGGCAUUUCUAAUCACACUCUUUUAGCUUCACAGUGCUCGUGUUAGUUUCUCCAAGUUAGACCAAUUCCUAUCGUCUCUGGGCGUCCGUCAGUGUGUAACCUGCGACCGAUUCACGAGGAGAGCCGCUUGCGGUUGUUUUUCUUUUUUCCUUGCCGCCGAUAAUCUGUUUCCUCAAUCGGCCUUCCUCUCCCAUCAUCCCUCUUUCGUUCCCCCUCCUCUUCGGCUUGAUCCCCUCUAAUUUCCCCCAAUGACACCUUAGGCCUGUCGGUGAGGAGGCGAUUUUUCUUGAGUUACUUCCAGAGGGGUGAGUGAGUGAGUGCGAGAGAGAGCAGGAGAGAAGAACGAAUCAUCGAGCGAAGCCGAUUCAGUCCUUUACUCUCCUUCCCACUCUCCGUCCUAAUUCCUCCUAACAUUCGCUCCGGCCAACCACCAUGAAAUUCGGUCCGUCCCAUCUCCAAACAUCGAGAACGACCGGCGCUUCCUAGACUCUUGUCGCGGUAAGAGCAUGUCUCUGCCGGGACCAAAUGUCCGUAUCAGCCUCGAUCCCCGACACCUCCCUUGGCCUUACCUCCUCCGAGAUCCAGAUCCUCCGACAACAGCAACAGAUUGCGCUUCAGGGUGGCCAUGCCGCCAACGGGGUUUCCAGGGGCAGAGGAACUGGUCGAAGCAGCAAUUCAAGUUCGCGUGCUGCCAGUGCUGCCAGCAGUCAUGGCCGAUUGUUGCUGGACCCGAUGAGUCUGCGAGCGCUAUCCCAUCAGCUGGAUGCGCUACAGGGCCAGAUUCGGAGUCGCAUCGACUAUCUGGAGGAACAAAUGCAGCUCUCUAUUCAAAAUACCUACGACCGUGCAGGAAACGUUAUCCACAAUGCCGAUGCCGAGAUUGCUCGUACGCGUUCAAUUCUAGCCUCAAUUGAUGAGUUGGAAACCGAAAUGGCGAAGAUUGGACAUAUCAGGGAGAUUGUGAAAGCCUACCGCGGCCGAAUUGAAGGGCUUGACCAACGUCUCGACCAGGCCGCCCGUAGGAGACGAUGAUGUCCACCGAGGACAAUACAUCUUCGAUUAUGAACCCGAUCGUAUAUGCUUGGAUGACGUUCACCGCUCUAUACCCCGAAGCUUACCCUAUUCACAUAUUGCCUUAUACGACCUUUUGCCCCGGAGGCUCAUG